AUGCCCGCAGCAGGUGACCACACCACCCAGCCGUCGUACCUCAUCGUGGGCGCGGGCGUCUUUGGCGUGUCGACGGCGUAUCACCUGAUCCGGGCGCACCCGGGGGCCAGGGUGACGCUGGUGGACCGGGACGCGGCGGACGCGGAAUCGCGCGUGGCGGCGUCGUGGGACUGGAACAAGGUGGUGCGGGCCGACUACGACGACGCGGCCUACUGCCGGCUGGCGCUGGAGGCGCAGGACGUGUUCGAGACGGACCCGCUGUGGAAGCCGUACUUCCACAAGACGGGGGUGUACUGGAUCUGCCGCAGUGACUACGCGACCGAGGUCAUGGCGCACCACCGGGCGGCGGGGCGCGGCGACGACAUCGUGGCGGUGCCGGUCGACGAGGCCAAGCGGCUGUACGGCGGCAUCUUUGCCGACGCCGACUACAACGGCGCCAAGGAGGUGCUCGUCAACCGCGCCAGUGGCUGGGCCGCUGCCGGAGACUGCCUGAGGGCCGUGACGCGCCGCGCCGUCGAGCUGGGCGUCGAGUACGUCGUCGCCGAGACGGCGGUGCUGGACCUGGACGCGCGCGGCGCCUGCAGGGGCGUCAGGACCACCGACGGGAGGUCGCUCACCGCCGACCGCACCAUCCUCUGCACCGGCGCCUACACGCCCAAGCUGCUGGAGCUGAGCGCGGCAGCCACCGGCGUUGACGCCCUGCGGUCCGGCGAUAGGAUCCUGGCUGCCGGCAUCACGACCGGCAUGGCGGAGCUGGACGAGGAGGAGUACAAGACCUACGCGGAUAUGCCCGUCGGGUUUCAGGGAUAUGUGGGCUAUGGCAAACCGUUUAUCGGGACUCUCCCGCCAACAAAAGAUAGGGAGCUCAAAUGGUGGGGAUCCAAAAUUUUCACAAACAUGACCGAAGUGCUUCCCGGGAGAUACAUAUCAGCGCCUCCGCCGGCCAGCGACUAUGCACAAUGGAAAGUGUCGCGUAGGCAAAAGGCCGACAUUGUGGAGCAAAAAGAUCUUUGGUAUGGAGAGAAGAGCAAGAACUGGAAGAUGACCAAGCACAGGAUAUGCUGGGAUGCCUUCACAACGAGCUCCGACUUCAUCAUCUCACCUCACCCGGCAGCCAAGGGGCUUUACGUGGCCACAUGCGGCUCGUUCCACGGAUUCAAGUUCUUCCCCGUGCUGGGCAAGUGCGUGAUGCAGAUGCUCAACGGGGAAUUGACGCCCGAACUGAAGCAGAGGUGGGCCUGGGAUCGGGAGCGGCCGGACUAUUUGAAGAACCCCGAGUAUCCAAAUUCGGACAUGAGGGAUUUGGUGGAUGCGGUAGCGAAACUAUAG